UUCUUCCUUUCAACAUCACAAACUGUAUAAACCUAUAUCCCAUUAUGAUGUUGAUAACUGUUUGAACAGUGUGUACAUGUAUUAUCGAACAGUGUAACGCAUAGCAGAAUGUUAAGAGUACAGUUCAUGAUUUUGUCAGCCUUAAUUGCACUUAUUGUUGGAAAACAAUUGAUAGACAGGGAAUUUGAACUUAAAAAGGGCGAUGUUCUGGAUGAUCUCUCUGCAUGUCUAUGUAAACUGGGAUAUGGUUGUGUCUGUACUGGUCACAAUGGCAACUUUAAAGCUACUGUUGCUUUCUUUGAAAGUCAUGUAAAAUCUGGGCGAGACACUGUGAUUUGGGCAUACUUUAAAGUCGGAGAUGAGCAUUUUAUGAAGCGUUUUACAGGUUUCUUAAAAAUUGUUUUAGUUAAAGAUAUUAAAAAGCAUUGAUGUAUUUAAAUUUUA